AGGUGAGUGAAGAUUGGAUGAGGCUUUCAAUGUUGCAGGUGAGGCAGUUGAGAGCUGUGGGUUCGGGAAGGGACGGUAGUUGGUGGAGGAUCCGAAGCAGGGCUGGGCAACUAAACUAUUUAGCUUAGGAUCAGUAGUAACAGUCGCCAUUGUCGCAAAAAGCAGCAUAUAAGAGAAAGUCAGUUUGAGACCAUAUGCUUACAUGUGCAAGUCAUCAUACAGUCCUUGCUUGUCAUUUUUGUUUAACAGAUUUACUGUCUUACAUAGUAAUUUGUGUGUGUAUGCUGGGAAAGACUAACAUCUUGCCACUCCCGUUCUGAAUUCGAGUCACACCCGUCGAGAAAACAAUUGAAAAAGAUCCAGCCGGAUAUAACGCUCUCAAGCCAUUAUUAUUUUAUUGGGGUUUUUUCCUAGGGGGACGCAGACCCCUAAACAUUUUGUGAAUAUUUAUACUUUUGUCUGUUUAUUGUAUUUUUCCCGAUUUGAACUAUAAAAUGGUGAUUGUCUUGAGUCAAAAUGAGAGUACCCUAAACUUUUUUUUUAAAGAAAAACAGCACUUCUUCUUACUACUGUACUGCGUUUUCCCGCAGCCAAAGUAGUUAUAGGAAAUCACGGGCAGCUCCCAGGAACCAAUCAGAACGAGACAGGAAGAAAGGAGGAAGCGUUAUUGGAGGGCCUUGAAAGGGGCGGGAGGAGAAACCCGCCCGCGCGGGUGACGUCACCGCCGGCCUCGUUCGCCGCCUGGGCGUGGCUUAUCCCUGAAGCCAUUUUGUCCCACACCCCCUCCCCUGAGAGCGGGGAGAAGGCGCGAGGCAGCGUGGGAGAAAGCAGGCGGGGAGGGGCGGGGCUUCGAGGAAAUAGCGGCGUCUGAUUGGGCAGAGGCGGGAUGGCGGGGCGGGGCCGGCUCUGCCCCUCCACCCUGAGGCGUCCGCUUUUAAGCUUCCUGUCAGUCUGUGCCUGAGGAGGGAAGGAGGCCGGAAGUGCCUGCUGUGGGUGUCUUCUCUUCUCCCCCCAGCCCCGCGACAGGUGGGUUUCUGGUUUGUGCCGCACCUUGUUUUUUAAAGGGGUGUGUUUGGGCUUCCUGAAGCUGCUGCUUCUCCCGUGUGCGCGAGGGGGGGGGGUUCUCCCCGCCCCCAAAAAACUUAUUUUCUUCUCCCGCUGGUUUGCCCCUCGUCUCUUCAGCCCUCAGCCCGUUCCCGCUAUUCGCUGCUUAGAGGAGUAUGUUCGUGUGUGUGUAUGUAUAUAUAUGUUCUGCGCUCCUCAGCCAAAACUUCCUUCAGGCUUCUUUUUCCUCCAUCCUGUGCGAAAGCAGCGCCGGUCGGCGGCCGAGGAUGAUGGGAGUUGUAGUCUCUGGAGAAAGGACCGCAGCUCUCUCAAGCUAUUACUCCCCCCACCCCCGUUCCAGGUGCGGAGUCCCAAUUUGCCGCACCUAUUGCUUGCCUAGCGUGGCCGUUUCUCGUUCCUACCGCCUAAGUGUCUCUGGAUGAGAAUUUAGAAUUUAUUUUUUAAAAUAAUUUUUUUUGGUUUUCAAUUGCAAUAAUCCAAUAACAGCCUCAUUAUAGCAAUGCCAAAUUGCAAUACAGUUACUAGUAUCAAUCAUUCAGAUGCCAAUUUAUAUAAUUUCGGUGUCCCCUCUGCAUGCUAGAAUUGAUGGUUUGAUUAUUUACUUUAUUUCUGCGUUCCAAAAUCUUAUUAAUUUCAAUUACACUCCAGUCAACAUAGCAAUCCCUUCUACAACAACUCCAACAUUAACAACUUCCAUUUGUAUGGACACAUUAAAUGAUUUAUAAACCUGCAGGUGAAGUGUUCAAACUAUAUCCUUCUUCUUCCUGUGUGUGGUAAUUAUUCUGUCUGUGAUGUUUCUUCCUGUCCUUGUAAAAUAUUAUGUCUAUCUUUUCCCAGUGUUCUCUAUCAUGCCUUGGGCGGAGCUAAUAUCCCAUUGUUGAGAAUUUAGAACCAUUGACUAUUUAUAGAGUUGGAAGUGACCCCUGAGGAUCAUCUAGUUCCAUCCCCUGCAAGACAGGAUUUUUUCGCCCAGUGUGGAACUCGAACCCACGGCCCUGAGAUUUAAGAGUCUCCUGCUCUGUGAUGGAGCUGUCAGCCAAGUUAACAGAAUUAAAAUUGGGAGGAAGCUGACAGAAUUAAAAAGCUGGCAGGCUGUUUUCUGCUUUGCCUGAAAGUUUUGCUACUUGUCCCCCCCCCCCCCCCAGUAUGCAUGGUUUGUAUAGAUAGAUAGGUCUCUUCUCCCCACUCAGCACCUUAUUGGGCACUCAAGAGGAGUGUACAAACGCUUUGUAAAUAAACCACCUUGCAAGAUGUAAUGACUGCAGUGGGCUUAUACUUGGGUUGACUGGUUUCAAAGCCCCAAAGGAUGAUCCUGGGCCACGUGGGUGCCUCUCAGCCUAACCUACUUUGCAGGAGUGUAUGUGUGCCACUGUGAGAACCUUGGAGGAAGGAUGGGAUGGAAAAAGGAAAAGAAGCUUGAAUGCACCUUACAGCACGUAGCAAGUUAUGCCUCCCAGUAAGCCUUGGUGAGCAGCAUGUGAGGAGUUUAUUUCCUGCGAACCUUUACUUGCCCUUUCCCAGGAUACCUGCACACACCUCAUUCGCUUUAACUUACUUAGCCCAAACAUAACAGCAUAGCCCAUAUGCCUUCGUCUAGCAGCUCUUUUCAUCCAGGACUAACAGGCUUCUUCUUGUCUACAGUAGCUUUCAAAUAGCAAGCUAGUAGCCUGCCAGGCUCUACACCAGAAAUGUGAGGUCUGAAAGUUAUAAAGCAUUUUACCUUGGCUUUCAGUUUCUUUUAGAAAUGUCUAAUAUAGAUUAAAUCAAAAUUAAAAAUAAAUGCAUUCAAGAAAAUUAGGCAAAGUGUAGCAGUUAACACAGCCACAAAAACAGGGGAGGCAGGCAUUGUCAAUUGGGCCAAAGACCUAUCAAAAGAAAAAAGGUUGUAAGUUUGGGUUUACAUUUCUGUUUGCCAUUCUUGCCACAUUAGUUUUUGCCCAAAGGCAGCGAUGGCAAGGGGAGCCCCAACAUUCCCCUCUAGCUUGGAAACUUGGGUGGGUGGGUAGAGAAAUCACCCCUUCAAUUGCACUGACCUUCAGAGAGCUCAGCGUAGUGAUAGAAAAGAUGCUUGCUUUACUUUAUGUCUACAACCUAGUGAGAAAAGUUGGGACUGGCUGCUUUGUGUUGUGGAUUCUUGGGUUGUUUUUGUUUCUAUUUUUAUCAUGUAUUUUGUGUUCAUAUUGUGAUUUUAUGUUGUGAACUGCCCUGAGAUCUACAGGUACAGGGUGGUAUACUGCUACUAUUACUAUUACUAUUACUAUUACUACUACUACUAAUAAUAAUAAUAAUACAGUGGUACGUUUAUGAACUUAAUCUGUUCCGGAAGUCCGUUCUUAAACCAAAACCAUUCUUAAACUGAGGCAUGCUUUCCCAAAUGAGGCCUGUCGCUGCUAGUGCCCUUCCACUGUUCGGAUUCCCUUCUUAGACCGAGGUAAAGUUCUCAAACUGGGACACUACUUACGGUUUUGCGGAGUUCGUAAACCGAAUCAUUUUUAAACAGGACUGUUCUUAAACUGAGGUACCACUGUAAUCCCUUCCCCCAGCACCUAAGGUUUAGAGCUGCAGAAGGGGAAUUGUCCUUGACUUCCCAUGGAGGUGCAAUGUGAGGUCAGGACUGCAAUCCUCUACACACGUGUCCCUAGGUGUGUAAGCCCCAUAGAACAUAAUGUGGCUUUUCGGCAAGCAGGCAUAGAAAAUUGUGCCAAUGGCGAGGGAUGGAUCCUAACAAUAACAGGUCUUGUCUUUGCUACCAAGGCCAGCAAAAAAAUGUAUGGACCUUUGAGUUUCAUAACUUUGCUGUAGCAUAAGGACAGUAGUGCAUUUUUGUUCAAUGUGGACAAAACUAUCAAAGUUAAUGCUGAAGUGGUAAUAUGGUCUGGAUAGUGUCUGGUAGUGUUUCAGAGACCACAGAAGGGCUAGGUAGGGUUUCUGUGGUUUGUGGUUGGAGGCAGUUACGUUUCUGAAUAGCAGUUUCUGGAAACCUCAAGCAGGGAGAGUGCUCCUGUGCAUGUGGGUUUCCCAUGGGCAGCUGGUUGGCCACUGUGAGAACAGGAUGCUGGACUGGAUGGGAUGGCCCAGAAAACUCCUCUUAUGCUCUUGUGGUUGAAGCUUCAGUGGCUUGUUAUACUUUGUUUUUCUUCCUGUGGGUGUGAUGUCCAGCCAGUCUGAGUCUAACAGGUCAAUAAUCUCUUGGCUUCCAGUUUCAUGCAUUUCCCCUUACAAAUCUGUGGCAGCGUGCUGUGCAAUGAUAAGACAUGCCAAUCCUUAUUUGCAUUUAAAAAACAAAAAACAAAACUGGAAAUGUAAUAGUCUUAAAACAUUAUUAAUAGCAGUUUAAGAUUUCCUGUGUAUAUUAAAAUCCAGCAUAUACUGUGUCUGCUUGGUGCUUCUCCUUAACAUUACAGGAUGUAUUUUGAGAAAUUUGGAAUAUGGUUUAGUCUUGUAAAUAAGUUACCAUCUGACACAUAUCUUCUUCGGUCUGAAGAUGAAAACAAACUAAUUCUCUUUCAGUUUACAAACUCUUCCCCGUUUGGUUGCUUGGAGACAAUUCCUGAUCACCCAGGUGAUCAAUUGUUUACAAACCUAGGGUUAAAACAACAAAGAAUCUUGCAGCACCUUAAAGACUUUUAUUGCAGCAUAAGGUUUCAUGGGUUCAAGUCCACUGUGUAUUAAAGAUGAAAUUGUAGUUUUUUGGAACACCCUGUGACUGGCUUAAAGCAAUCCUCAGUGUUUAAAUUGCUGAUGCUUGAGAUGCAGUUUUGCCAAGAUAGAGACAAGGUACAAAUUGCUUCUUUGUAUUACAGUGGUACCUCGGGUUAAGUACUUAAUUCGUUCCAGAGGUCCGUUCUUAACCUGAAACUGUUCUUAACCUGAAGCACCACUUUAGCUAAUGGGGCCUCUUGCUGCCGCUGCGCCGCCGGAGCACAAUUUCUGUUCUCAUCCUGAAGCAAAGUUCUUAACCUGAAGCACUAUUUCUGGGUUAGCGGAGUCUGUAACCUGAAGCGUAUGUAACCUGAGGUACCACUGUACUCUGGAAUGAAACAUUUUCUCUUAAGGGGGGCGGGGAUACAACAUACAAGUUUCAAAUACCUCAUUGCUGAUGAAUGGACAGCUGCUGCUGUGGUUGCUUGCCAGAUGUUUCCUGCCUGCUUCUGCCUAAGAUGUGUAAAAUUAAAAAUGCAACACAGGCUGGAAAGCACAUACAGUACUGUAUUCCAGAAUUGGUGGUUUGCAAAUUCAGCUUCCAUGUCUUGAUUAAUAAUGCAGCAAUGGGAUGCUAGCAGCACAUGGUCCUUAUAGACUCAGGGCCAAACUAUACACUAUGUUAAAUGUGUGGUUUGGUUUUCUCCUGCAAUCAAAUAGUUGCCAUGAUGAGGAACAGCUCUGGGAAGGGCAGCUUUCAUUGAGUCUGUGGUGUGAUGAGAAAAGACUAACUUACCACUUUCCCAUGCACCAUGGCUGCUGUUAUUUAAGUAAAAAUGAAAUGGAGCAACCCCUUUCUUAACAGGACAACCUUUAAUCCAGUUAGGGUUAAUAGAUCAAUUUAUUGGUUUUGGUUUAUCUGUUUUAUCAUUUUUCCAGUUUUAGGUUUGUUCUUUACAAUUGCACAUCAGUUUUGACCUGGAAAAGGACCCUCCUCACCAAAAAAUUGCCAUAAUUUUAGUGUACAUUUCUCCUAACACACAAACACACACACUUCUGCAAGCAGCUUCCUUGAUAUAAUGCAUUUUUACGACAUGCAUGCUUGCAAUGCACACUUUCCCCUAAUAUACAUAUUCUUGUAAAAAAUAAUAAUUGAGGAUUAGUUAGAGAACUGCAAGUUCAAAGAAGUGCAAAUGCUGAAGGGUGGCUGUGCUUUGAUUUGCGUACAGGCAACUCCCCAUUUGUGCGGGGGCAGCAUUCUGGGCAUUCACAUGAUUUGCUGGAGCACGCAUAACCCUGCCCUGUUAAGCCCUCUUCCAGUUCCAAAAUGACCUGUGCAUCAGUUGAACACAAGCAAAAUGGUUGCCACCUGUAUUGUUUCAGGAAGUGUGGAUGCGGUAGUCUAGCAUUUUAAAUGGAAACCUCUCCUAUCUCUGAUUCUGGAUGUGUUCAUCCAGAUCACUUUUGCCUGCAUUUCUGCCCAUCCUUGUCUCUACCUGGACACUGACAUCAGGCAGAUUAUCCACACCAUGGACCAACAGGGUGCCCACCUCUGCACCAGUCUGUCUGUUAGCACUUCUAACAGACUUUUGUUCUUUUGGCACAGGAAUAUGUAGCUCAGGCACCCUAGGAUUCCUUGUUUGGGUAGGCAGGGGUUACCUUGGGACAAGGAACAAUGACUUUCGAUUUUGGGUAAAAAGCAUCUCGCAGAGAGGAAGCAGCCUUUCUUCCCUGCUGCAGAUAAGGUCACCCCCGAAACAGCGCCCUAUUGUUCGUUGUAUCUUCCUGAAUAAGUUCAGGAAGGGCAGCUAAAUAUUAUUUAAACAAGGAGGGCCUUUGCUUCCUGUUCUCUUUCAGGAAGAUGAGGCUUGAGGCCUUACUAAAAUGAAGUGGUGAUUUGUGAGAACCUCGCUGCUUCCCCCUGCAACUACUGUAUAUGGCAAUCAGAUGACUUGGUUUCACUUUUGAGGCCUAACUUCUCCCUUCUCAAAACACAGAAGGGAAUCCUUGCACGAAGUGCACUUGGAAACACUUGAGGCAAGCUUCAGCGGAAAAAAGGCCGAGCUGACUCCCCAUUCAUACCUGGUAGCUUUACAACUAGAACAUGGGAGGAGAUCCUGCCCAAAGUGCAUUAUCAGUGUUGGGAAAUGGGCCGUGGGCGUUCAUUGCAGGAACAGAGAUGGCAGCAGAAGCAGACUCUCAGACAGAGGCUGUCACUUGGUGCAAAGCCAAGAAGCAGCCUUGGGAGGUAGAAGAGAGAACAAUCAAGGUGAGCUGUGACCUUGAAGCAGCAAGUUCAGCAGGGCCAAGGGUGUUGGUCACAGGUGGAAAGGUGCCUAGGUGUAAAGACUUCUUUUUCUGGCAAGCAUAUGAUACUUUCCCCAUUGUGUGGAGCAUUUUGUCCCAUCAUUUUAAUCUGAAUUUGUUUUUAUCUGCGGAUUUCUUAAAAAAUUAAAAUUAUUUUACUGCUGCUCUUAUUUUUAAUUUCAUUUAUAUUGUGAACUUCCUUGGGCAUUUUUUGAAGUUAAAAGGCAGGUUUAAAAUGGUCUACUAAACAAUAAUCGUAAGAAGUCUGUGGAAAGGUAAGCAUUGACGGUCAGGUAAAGGCAAGGGCAGGAUUGUGGCUGGAGUUUGACUCUGCUUGUCAUUUUCUCUGUGGCUUUUGAUCCCAUAGACCAUCAUUGUAUCCAGGACCAUUUUUGUAAAUUUCAAAAUCUGAAAAUUAAAUAAAUUUUAUAGAGACUAAAAAACAACAACACCCCACAUACAACAACAAAAAUCUAUAUGCUACCAGGCCAGGUUCAAGGUGCUUGUAUUAAUUUUCAAGGCCCUUUACAAUUUGGGUUCAGGAUACUGCAAGGCCUGCCCAAUCUCUUACAUCCCUGCCUGAUCACCAAUGUUUUUGGGGGUGAGUUUAGUAUUGAGGACACAAUUUUAUGGAACUCCCUUCCGAUUGAAGUCAGACAGUCCCCCUCCCUACCAAACAUCCAUCAGGCACCUUAAUGGAGAUUUUAUAGUUUUGACUUCUUCCUUUUUUUUUUCUUCUUUUUUUUGCACUGCGUCUUUAUAAACCACUUAUUAACCUUGGGAGUUAAGGGAUAUAUAAACUGUUUAAAUAAGAAUAAACAAUACGGGACUAAACCGCUCCCCCAAUAACAGCUUUGUAGCCAAAAUAGGGCCAGUGAAAAAACAGAGGUAUCUUCCUUGUUUGAGGGAACCCCAAGGUUUGCAGAAGUGCAUUUAAAAAAAACAACAACUGCCUAAAGAGGACAGACUUCCUAAAAACAGAAAAAAGGAUGUACUGUGUAUGUGGUCAGGAGGAAGGAGCACUGAGAAAAUGUGUGUGCAGGACUUCCGGGGUGGCGCCAUCAGCAAUGGCGGACUCCCUCUGAACAGGAGGGACUAGCUCCGCGGGAAACGGGUCUUCUCCGCUACGGCGAAGCGGGGACCCUCUUAAAAAUCACAGGCGGAUGAAGCCUGUGACCAUGGGACUCGGCGGGCACCUUUAGCGUCCCCCCAACUCGCUAAGGAACCCACUAACAGGCUCCGAAGUGAAGAGGGGUUUGUGGCGCGGUGCUGUGAGUCAACUGCUAUUUCCGUGGAGCGAAGCCGCAUAGCCGUUGCCGGAGAGCGCUGCCUUUUUCCUGGGACAAUUUGGACUCUAAAAUAAGCACCCGUGAGUACUCAGACUUUGAAUAACUGGACAUCAAAUAAGGACUUGCGAGCAGAAAGGAAUUGGAUUUUAAAAACCUAUUUUAAUUUGGUACGGAACGGGAAGGUCUAAACAGGAAGUCAGCCUUCCGUUCUUUUGUAGACAGAAUAAAGCAAAGACAAUGUAAACUAGAGCUUAGAAAAUCGCCUUUAAAGGAUUGGAUUUCAUCAUUUAAAAUUGUGGAACCCCCCUUCGACAGCAGGAGAAGGAGGGGAUUUUUUCGGACUGUUUAAAGUGAGUUUAAAGUAAAGUAACCUUCCUCCGUCCUGAUCCUGGAGCGGGGUGUCAGGACUGACGUUUGAAGUUCAUUGACCAGAGACAAGCGUUUUUGACAGAUAGCUAAAAGAAGAGAAACAUAGCGAUUCCACUGCUUCCCUUCGCAUCUUUAAGCAACAAAUAUUGACAAAGUAUCUCAAAAAGGGAAACUUUGUUGCAAGAACAAAUAGAAGUUUUCCCCCUAGAGGGAGACUGUGAAACUGUAACCAACUCCAGGGAGCCGGCAGCUGUUACAGAUUACAAUCGUGGGAACAGGCAUCUGACCUUGCAGGACAAUGUAUUCAGAAGCUUUGUUGUGUGCUUUCUAUAAAACAAAUGCCCUACUGGAACAGUUACAUGAGAAGGUGAAUUGGAUGGCGACUUCGACUAGAAACUUUGAACAGGCAGUGGGAAAUUUUGAACAGUGGGAAAAUAUGUGGAGCCCACUCAGGAAUUAAAUCAGGAGUGUGUCCUGACAGAACAGGCCCAACAGGAAUAUGAGUUUUCGGAUUUGACAAAUGAACCUGGAAAAAGCCAGAUUUGGAAAGAAAAAGUUUGGUUUGGCUUGGAAAUGGGGGGCUGGAUUGACCCCCCUAUGUUGGGAUGUUUGGACUUUUCAAAUCUGGCAAUGGGCCGUGAGAUGUUUGGGAUUGUGGGGGCUCUUAAUUUUAAUUUUGGAGGGUCUUUGAAACAUGCUUUUAAAUACCAUAUGGAAUUCAGUGUUGAAUAUGGAAAAGGGGCUGAUCUGUCGAGAAGGGUUAAAAAUAUUGUCAAGCUGGAGUUACCACGAGCAGGAGACAAGGGAAAAUACAGUUACAAAUAUGAAGAAGAGCUGCGGAAGGGACAUGGAAGAGACUUGAGGGCCUCGGAUAUAAGGCUGCCAGGUUAAUGGGCUAGAUCGACGGGAUAAUAAGGACUGACAAAACCCGGAACCAGGAGGAAAGGACGUUGGAUGAAGAUUGGAUCUGUUUGUAUCUCUUUUUUCUACCAUUAGAACUGUUUUAUAAAAUUGAUGAAUGUCAGAAAAAUGUUGGAAUGAAAUUACUUGGCUUUAGUAAAGAUGUUUAAAGAAUUAUGAAAGAAUAUUUUGGUUAUGAGAAAUGGGUAAGGAUAAGAUUUAAGUUUUAAGUUUUAAGGUUUAUUUUAUUAUAGUAAGAUAAGAUUAAAACAGUUUAGGGUAAUGUAAUGACAGAAUAUUAUGAAAUAUGGAAAGGAUUUGCUGGGAUAAUUAAUAACUAGGAUACAAAGAAAGGGAGGAGGAGGAGGUCAAAGAAAGAAGGUAAUGACAGUUGAGGAUUUGAGAAUAAUGAAUUUGUUUUUAAAUGUUUUUAAUUGUUUGUGAUGUAUUUUUAUAUUUUUUCUUUUGUCACUUUUUCUUAUUUUUGAAUUUGUAUUCAUAUGGUUGGAAGGGGUUUGUUUCCCCCCCCUUCUUUUUCUACUUUGUUAACUAUUUUUAUUUUGUACUUUCUACUGCUUUUAUUUUAUUUUGUAAUACUUUGAAAAUUUCAAUAAAUAUCUUAUAUAAAAAAAGAGAGAAAAUGUGUGUGCAGCCCUGCAUUGAGCCUCUGCCACACCCUCCCCAGCCAGCCGACACCACCUCUGCCUGUCUGGAAACCUGCCUGUGCCAGGAAGUGGUGGGAGACGGGUGCCCAGCCUGGACAAGGCUUGCAAACUAGAGACAGGACACCGUCUCUCGCAAGACGCACUCCAGUUGGGUGCAGUGUCCGGAGGUUCCCCAUUCUGCUUCUGGCUCAUCAGAAAGACAGGGAAGUGCCCUUUGCUAGCGUGAAGCUCAAAGGAGAGGCGGAAAACUGGCAGGCACCUUGCCAUGAAAAAGCCUUGCGAAACAGGGAAAGGAUUCUCUGCUGUCAGGAGGCCGGGUGCCGGAUCGGUUUGAUACAGCUGCAGUUGCGGCUAAGAGAGCAGUGUGCCCCGCAGUUCCUUUCCCUGUCACGGAGAGUCUGCUCACUUAGUCCAAAGCUCAGAGCUGUAUGCCAUUGAAAGCUACCAAAUAUGGAAUAUAAAAAAACCUUAAUGUUAUCUCUGCACCAAAACACUUCACGCAAGACAUAGCUCAAAAUGCCCAUCAGUAUUUGGUGACAAGCCUCACUUUCCCCCUCGUUUGUGGGGAAGAUGACCCAUCACUGAUGCCCAAUCACAGCUGCAUUAAAAUCCUUGCGUUAUUUCUCCACUAUGUUCUCAUGUUUGCACUGUUGGCCGGGGGUUUGGAGGGGUCUGAAAGGAACCAGACAUAUGGCGGACUGUGUAAGCUUUCCAAUUUAGUCCAUAGGUCUAAAUUCGUUCAAACACUGAAUGUUGAAGGACAGAAAGGGGGUGGGGGUGGGGAGAGAGAUGGAAGGUCAGGUUGAGAGCAUUUGAGUCAUGGAGUAUUAGGGCAUCAUUUGAGAAGAUGGAAGACCGGGGGUGGGAGGGUGGAGACAACUGGCCUCCCUAAAAAUGCAUGCCCUGAAAGCGAAGUUUGGAGGAGGAAUGUGCCACGAGAUUUUUAAAAGCUCCUCUUCACAUGCUAUAGGAGAACUGUCCCCACUUCCCUGAAUGCCUUUCCCGGUUUCUUAUUCCCCAGAGUCUUCCCCUACCCACCCGCCCACGCUAAAUAGCAAUAUAAUGCUCUCAGUCAGGACUGGCAACCAGCCCAGACCUGAACCUUCUAAUGUGAUGCAACACAGCAAGGAAAAUGGAGGUGGGGGAAGGAAAGGGAGAAUGUGUCUAUCUAUCCUUCCCUCUCACCACCCAGAACAGGAAGGAACAGCCGCCUUGUAUCCACUGCCCAAAGCAUCCUGUUCAACAGGAAUCGCCAAUCCCAUGCCCACGGGCACCAUAGUGCCUGUGAAAGCCGCCUUUGCUGCCCCCAGCAUGUACCAUAACCCUCAGUUUCCCCAUUUUGGUUUUAAGCAAGUUUCUAGCAUUUGCAGGGAAGUUUUUAAUCUUUGAGGUUCUAUUGUGUGUUUAAUACAGUGGUGCCUCGCAAGACGAAAAUAAUCCGUUCCGCGAGUCUCUUCGUCUUGCGGGUUUUUUCGUCUUGCGAAGCAAGCCCAUUAGCGGUUUAGCGGAUUAGCGCUACAGUAUUAGCGGGCUUAGCGGAUCAGGUGAUAAGCAGCUUAGCGAUCAGCUGUUAAGUGGCUUAAAGAUCAGCUGAUAAGCGCUUAACGAUCAGCUGGUAAGCGGCUUAGCGAUCAGCUGGUAAGCGGCUUAGCCAUCAGUUGAUAAGCGGUUUAGCGGCUUGGGAAAAAGGGGGGGGAGGAAAAAACCCCCGCAGGAACUCGCAAGACAUUUUCGUCUUGCGAAGCAAGCACAUAGGAAAUUCGUUUUGCGAAGCACCUCCAAAACGGAAAACCCUUUCGUCUAGCGGGUUUUCCGUCUUGCGAGGCAUUCGUCUUGCGGGGCACCACUGUACAGUACUUUGUUGGGAGCCUUCCAGAGGGGCUGGGGCAACCCAGUCAGAUGUGUGGCAUAUAAUGAAUAAAGAUGAAAUAGUAGUAGUGGUAGUUAGAACCUGAGAUACGAGGCAAAACAUACAGGCACGAUCCUUCUCGGGGGGGUUUUUGGCGAGAAACUAGCCCAUUCCACCCUUUCUGUGUUUUACUUACCCUGACCCGCCCCCGCCCCCCCCCCCCCAGUUUCCUGCAGGCACCCAUCAUAUGUGAGAUGCACUUGAGAGAGAUAUGUAUUAUAGCUGGUGUUUGUUGGGGGGGGGGGCAAGAUAGGAAUGUGUGGCCUGUGUGCAUGUGUGGUUUGCUUGAGAGGGACAUGUGAAUUAUGAGCAAGUGAGAGAGAGAGGUCUGUAGUCUGCAUGUGUGUCAUGGGACCACCUUGCGCAUUUCCCCCGCUAGUGAAUGCUCCCUGUUAUCAGACAUCCUCAGUGUGCUUGUGAGAGGGAAGGAGAACUCAAUAGUGUGUGGUCUGUACAUUCUGGACUGUGUGUUGAGAUUCCUGCAUUUAGGGGGUUGCCCUAGAUGUUCUCAAGGGUCCCUUCUUACCCCAUAGUACUAUGGUUCUAUGAAGAGAGGGCAUCUGUUCUAAUGCUUGUUCUUUUUUGUGGGAUUUAUCUUCCAGCCUUCUAGCAAAAGGAGGAGAUGGCUGUAAUGGAAAUAGCUUGCCAAGACGCUCCAGUUACUGUUGGGCACCCAAAGGAGCUUCCUACGGAUAAGGGACCGAAGGAGGUGGUGACUGAGAAAAAGAGCAGCGUUUGCAAAGUAGAGGAUCCAGAGAAAAAUGUGUUCCAGGGACCGUGGAAGAUUCUGAGCGACGUGAUUGCCAAAGGAACUGCCAAGGAAGACAGUGGGAAAGGGAGCUUAGCCUCCAUCUCCAUCAUAGCCCAGGCAGAAUGUAAGUGGGGAGCUGCAACGCUGAGUGGAUGGGGGGCUAAAAUUGGAUUGUGGCUGGGGGUGAAGCUGUAGCUGUAGCUUUCUGCAUCAAAGCCCUCUAGCAGACCUGCAGCCCCAUCAGCCCAACUAAUGGGAAACUUGUUCAGCCGACAUACCCCAUGAUUGCUGUUGCUUCACUCCCCAGCCAUUGCAGGAGGAUCCCAACUGCUGAGGUAUAAGGAGCUGGUAUGUCAGAAUAACAUUUUAUGCAAUAGUAAAUAAAAGAAACCAAACAUAUGUAACUCUUCUGGUGAUCGAAUUCUGGGAAAUACAAGUGGUUUAGUUAGAAUACCGUAGGAAAGAUCAACAAUUAUGAGGCACAAGAGAAAUCGAAGUGUUAAAACAGGGCUACUUUAUCCAUGCCCAGGAGCCUUUUUUCCACUGAGCCGUCCUCUCCUAUGCUGUAUUGUAAACUGCUCCUGAAACACUCUCCAAAUUUUGAAGCCGCUUGCGAAGCAUGUCCCUCCCUCCCCAGACACAAAUCCUAAACUUCCAUGGACAUUGAGACCAAAUAUGCAGUUAUUUGGAUUCUGGUUUGCAUAUUUUUUCAUCCAGAAUUGUGAUUCCUCCCCACAUCUCCCCAAACAGAAUACUCACAGUCCCUCUUGGUGAUCUCGUGGCUCUUUUGGGAGUUAAGUUUUGACAUCCUCCUUUGCUACAGCAAAGCUGAUUUCCAGAAGAUGGUAUGACUCUGGCAUUUCCUGCCUCACCCUGGCUUGUAUUGGCCUUGUUUGCUUUCCCUGCAGGUGAGAUUAGCCAGGAGUUCAGCCCUACGUAUUCUGAGAGGCCUUUUCUUGCUGACACCAAACGAUUCAGGUAAGGUCUCCCCUAUAACACACAGUGUGCAGAAAGAGCCACAAAUCUCAAUUGCAUUGCGGGGCGGGAACUUUGAUUCUAGAAUGCAUCUUCUACUCCAUCUUAACCCUGUAUCCUAGGAACAGGAUUUGCUUUGAAUACCCAAUAUUCACAAUGGAGUUUAUUAUAUAUGAGGCCUAGUUCUCAUGUGAUGCUGAGCCAAACAAUGGCUUCGUGUGUUUUAUGCAGGCUUGCAUGGAGAACAUGGCUCCUUUUUUCCUGCCGUCAUUUUUGCUGCACCAUGCUGAACUUAACCAUGGCUUGGCUUAGCAUGUCCUUUGAACCUGGCCUUGUGGCUCAGCUCUCUCUAGAUUAAUCACAAGCUGUAACCAAGGUUUGCUCCCAGACGACAUGCCAAGCCCAAGCUGUGGCUUAGCUGAGCACAGCAGGGCAGCACAGUACCUGGGGAAUCACACACUAAGCUGUGGUUUGGAAUAGUGUGAGGUAUGAAUGAGGCACAUGCCAAUGACUUUGAAUGCUUUAAGUAAUAGAAAGGAUAGGAAGCUGCAGAGUGGGGGAACAUCCAAGUUAUUGUGUAUUAUUUUGUACCUGAUUUCUGAUAAAAGCACAAAGUACAUGAGGUUUAGCUGAACAGUCAUCCAUUGGGUGGGGGGUAUGUGUGUAAGAAAUAAUUGCAUAUUUGUACAAAGGGUAAAAUGUCUCCUACCAAAAAAAUCCAUUUUUUGUCGCUUUUCCAUAGUUGUUGAUGGCUGUUGUGAAGCCACGGUCUCCCUUCCCACUGCUUUUUAGGGCUGCUUCUCCUUCCCAGAACGAUCCUAGCCAAUCAGAGAUCACAUGGUAAACAUGACUACACCUCUGAGGUCAAACAAGGCCAAUUCAGAAUAAGGGCAGUUCUUUCAGCAUUGCAGCUCCCUCACUCCCAGUAGACUAACACCUUUAACCCCCAAAACAUUGGUGAAAAGGAGAGAGGUGUAUUUUGUACUUUGACCAUGCAAAAUAUACAUUUUAAGAAAUGGACUUAGGUCACAUAAAUUAAAAUUAGUGUUUGUCGCACUAUUUUUGUUUGUUUGUUAAUGCAGUGUCUUGUAUAAUCCAUUGCCAGGCGUUGUACAAAAUGGAAUUCCAUUUUGUGGCCAAGAAGCUUCGUUGUUCUUAGGAUCUAGAGGUUCUUCUAACUUCUCCUUUUAUACUUCUUAGUUUUCAAUUCAGCUAGAAAAGGCCAUGUUCCGUCGCUGCCACUUUUAAACUAAAAUACCUUUGCAAUACCCUUCUCUGUGCCAGCCGGUCUUGUAGCCUCGAUCAGAUCCCCAACAAUGUGGCCUAUGCAACUGAGGGCAAAAUCGCCCCAGCCUACAGGAAAGCCAUGCAUCGUGGCAAGUCCCGGAAGAAACGGCGAAAGAAAAGAUCCCAUCUUCUGACACACAAGGAGCUGACCUCCCCACCUCACAAGCCAAGAACCCCAGAGCAGGAGAGCUGCACUCCAAUUCCAGUGCAGGUAAGGCCUUUUCUAGGUUUUCUUCCAUCAUGCCCAGGUAUAGGACUUUCUUGGGAGUAAGAACAAGUGAAAUCCCAGGCAACUGGUUUGCUGAUACCUUCCGUUAAACCCGGAAUCUGGCCCCAAAGAGUUUUGAAAUGCAUUUUUGGCCUGGCACCUAAACAUUUGAAAUAUUUUUUUCCCCAGACCCCGUCAGUGAGGCUUGCAUUUUGGGAGCAGCCCCUGCUGAGAGAAUCAUUCCCUGCUUGACGUAACUCUUUCCCCCUUUACUUCCAGGAGGAUGACUCGCCCUCGGACACCCUCUUCAGUAGUGCUUCCUGGCUUUCAAAGUCAUGCAAGGAUUUGGCCUGUGAUCUCAGCACCUUGGAGAAGCCCAAACAAGCCCUACCUGCUGGCAAGUUGGACUUGCUGAAGAACCGAGGAAAGCUAGAAUUACACAAGCUGAUCAGCCCUGCUCAGUGCCUGAGCCAUGUCUGGAAGGCCCACACACAAGACAUUUUUACCCCUCAGUCAGAGACUCCACACCCCUUCCCUUAUCGGAAGUUCCCCCUUGAUUUCUGUGGCUACAGUGACCUCUUUCCUCCCUUGAAACUCAAUCCUCUGAGGACCCAUCUCUUUGAUGACCUUUCCUGUGUGGAUGGUGAGCAACGCCUCCCAGGCCUGAGCUUGGAGCGGAGCUUCUCCAAAUGUAGCCACCAGCCUGCAGAAAGCAUCUCAGACAAGCUGUCCAUGGAAGAAUUUCUGGUGGAUGCCUUGAAGGGAAGUGUAAUCCUCGGAGAACCAAGAAACCUAGCUUGUUUAGCCAAGACCUGGAAAGGAGGUGGAUUGAGUCCAAAGGGGAUGGAUGAAAAUGAAGGGGUGCUGCUUAUAGAGGUGAGCCUUCACAAAAGCUGACGCUAGGGGUGACAAUGGCAUCUUCCUCAAGGUAGAUUCCACCAUGUUAUGGGAAGCAAGGGACCAGAGCUGCCCAUCACCUGGGACCUUGUUUAAACUUCAGAACCAGAGUUUGGGUGCUGUUUGGGUGACUGGGGAGGCCCAGCCAGAUGGGUGGGGUAUAAGUAAUAAAUUUAUUAUUAUUAUUAUUAUUAUUAUUAUUAUUCAGCACUGGUCCUGCUCACAGUAGACCCAUUGGGGUUAAUGGGCAUGACUAACUUGGGCUGAUUAAUUUCAUUGGGCCUACUCUGAGGAGGACUAAUACACGUUUGGAAAUAUUUUGUGUUACAGCCUCCUUGGAAUGUAUCACUCGAGGCUGCAAGUGAGGGCUUGCUUGCUUGAGGGCUCCCUUGUGUGGAGGACAUCACAAAAACAAACCCAGCGUGGCAAACUGUCAGGCCUAAGAGGGAAAAAAUGAGGCUACUGCCUUUUGUCCUGACGUGCUAGAUCACCACAUGCAGGGAGGUUUUGAUGAGUGGUGAUUUCCUCACAUGCUGUUUCAAGUGGGAUAGCUUAGAAAGGGCUCCAGUACGUGAUAUAUUUUUUUCAGUAGACGAGACUUCUUUUUAACGUGAUAUUAAAGCUCUUCACUGAGAUAGGAGUUAAGUGAGGAGGACAGGGACUUUGCUUUCAAGAGUACUCCAGCCCUUUAGCUGUUUUGUUCAUGCGUGAACGCUGUCAGAGUAGGUGCCUCUUCUGGCAGCUCUGAAGAAAAUUAACUGUUUGCUGUCUAGAAAAGCAGAGGGAAAGGACUGUGGGGUAUCAUUGCAUGCUCCUGAUCUUACUUGUUGGGGUAAAAGUGGAUAAAUACUCCAAUGGGAACAGUAGGAGAUGCUCACCCUUGAAGGACCCCUGCAGAAGUUUGACAAUGGGGAUGAAGGAUGUCUUUUGGGAUCAGCCUGGGCGGGGGGAAUUGCCUAUUGCUCACAGAUAAUUAAGUAAAAACUGAAGUGUGUAAGGCAGAAAAGGGCUGGAGUGGAAGCCUGGAUAUGAGAGGUUUGCUUGUAGCCCCUCUCCCAAUCUGUGCUUCAGGGGAGAUACUCAGGCAAGAACCAUCAACCACACAGGGCAAGAUAGCAUCACAUGGGCAGAGACCAGAAGUGUUCUGAUGUCCUGCAUCCACCCACAAAGUCUACAUGAUGUAGGAUUGGGGAAGAGCUGCCACUUUGGGUGACCCAUCUAACUUGGGUAUGCCCACAGAAGAGAAUGUUUCCUAUGAGGGGAAAUCGAAGCAUUUGAGGCUUUAUAGAUUGAAAAAGAAAAGGGGGGGAAAGAUAGCUGAAUUCAGAGAGUGAUACAAGAGUUUGGAAUUGUGACUGGUGUGGAGAGAGAACUUUGUUUGGCCCUCAGUAAUAACAAUGCACCCCUGAGUUGCUCAGUGAAAUUGGUUGGUGCUAGAUUUGGGAUGGACAAAAUGAAGUAUUCAUGGAACACACAGUGGGCUUCUAGAAUUCAUUAAUGCAUGAUGUGGAGAUGGCCACUUGGUUAAAUAGUUUCCAAAAGAAUUAGUCUAAUUCACAGCUGUGUGAUUUUAGGAUUUAAACAAUGCAGUGUAUGCCUGAAUAACACUUGCUAACAGGAACAUCACUGGGGAUGGCAUUGCCUCUGGGCCUUGUUUGUAGGGUUCCCAAGAUUACCUGGCUGUUAGAAGCUGGAUGAUGCCCUAGAUGGACCUUUUGGUCUUACCUGGUCAUGCAGUAUUCUUUACGUGCUUUAAAGCACUUUUAAUUUUUAAAGGAAAGUUAGUGGGAACAGUUACUCAGAAAAGUUCGGAAAUCUUUCCGUGUGUGUGGUGGUGGUGGUAUAAACUGCAGGAAUCUGUCAUUGCAAACAAUUUGAGCAAGAUCCUUUUCGUAGCUAGAAGGGAGCUGGAUAUUUAUUUUCCCCAGUUGAAGGUGUGGUCUCUGCUUCAUUUUUUGAAGACCUGUGUUGCUUUCUGAAAGGUAUGGUUCUGCUGUGCAUCUAUUCAGCGAUUGAGCUAGAAGGUCUUUGGUUUUUAGCAGUGCAUAUUCUGUGCAUUUGUCAUCCACAAACCAGCCCAAAGGGGACUUGCUCCUCUGGUUUAUUUCAUAUGUAUAAAAUCAGUGUUCAACAAAAUCAUAGAGUUGGAAGGGACUUUGAGGAUCAUCUAGUCCAGUGGUUCUCAACCUGUGGGUCCCCAGAUGUUGUUGGACUACAACUCCCAUCAUCCCUGAGCUCUGGCCUUGCUAGCCAGGGGUGAUGGGAGUUGUAGUUAAACAACAUCUGGGGACCCACAGGUUGAGAAAGGCUGAUUCUAGUCCAACCCCCUGCAAGGCAGGUAUAUGCAGCUGUCCUAUAUGGGGCUCAAACCUGCAACCUUGGCAUUAUCAGCACUACGCUCCAACCAGCUGAGCUAUGGGGGAAGGAAAGUGAUCACAUGGCAUGAAUACACAGCAUUGGAACAAUCCUUCUCCUGCAUUCAAUGGGCAAGCUUAGGGACAGAUAGCAGACAUCUCAAAAUACUUUGGAAGCAGGGCUCCUCAAGAGUGGUUUUAAGGUACUGCAUUUUGCGGGGGGUGGGGGGUGUUGAGCCUCCAGAAGGGUGUGACGCGCCAUGCUGGUGUGGCAGGAAGAUUCAGGGACAACCGGAAACAGUAUUCACAGCUUUCUUUGAGAGCAUUGGCUAUUCUACCGUUCUCCAUAACAUAUUGGUGUGAACAGGGAUUUUCAACUCAUCAUAAAAAAAGAAAACGCUUAUUUGUGUUGGUGAGAAGAUGAGAGUUUGUUUGUCUCAGAUAAGACCUAACAUAAAUGAGAUUAGCCAGCAAAAGCAAGCUUAAACCUCUCAUUGAGCCUGUAUGUAAGAGGCUUGUUUAUAACUACAUUUUUGGAAUGACCCAUAGUCUUAGGUAGCUGCAUAAAAGAGGUCCCAUUAUCAUAUUAUAAAGUAGUUAUGUUCUGUGCUGUGGAUUAAGCACUGCUUGGAGUUGUUUCCUUUUGUUUACCAAUGUAUUUCUUGUCAAUGAAAAAGUUGGUGUGGCACGAGCAAAUUUUUAUCCUGAAAGUGUGGCCCGGAAAAAAGAGUUUGAGAACCACUGCUCCAGAACUUCUGGUGGAAGAGGGAAAACCUGUAGACGUUUGGGCAGUUUCUUGGGUUAAAUGACUUUAGCUAAACAGGCUGGCUCAGAAGUGGCUGUAUCCCUGUACUCCUGUCACUGCCGUUGGCAGUUCUUCCCCCUUUCCUUGACCCCUGUUCCUUAUCAUACUGCUCUUGCCAUCCCUCAGAAACUGAAAGCCGUGGAUUAUGAGUAUCGCGAAGGCGUCCACUGGACCAAAUGUCCAGGCUUGCUUGGCACAGGAUCUUUUGGUGAAGUGUACAAAAUGGAGGACAAGCAGACGGGCUUUCAGUGUGCUGCCAAAAAGGUAUGCAAAUGCCCCGAACCCAGUUCUGCCCGAGGCAAGGGAAAGCGAAAUCAAAAGGGGAACUGAAAGCUCCUUUCCUUUCUGCUGGAGCUGCUGAGGGCUGGGGCUGGAGCAGUCGCUUUGCUGCAACUUGUUUGUGGCUGAUCUCAAGGUCAAGGCGGAAGGCGUUGCCCUGGAGACACCGGGCGGUGGAAUCUCCUGCCGUGCGUGGGUGUUGGGUGCAGCAAGCUAUGUGGGGAGGGUUGCUCUUGCACAAAGUCCAAACUGAUAGCCUUGAUUUCUCUUGAGAGCAACUGGUGGCAGAGACAAUAUUUUAAACGACAGAAGUGCUAAAUAGCAGCAGCAGAGAAUUCUCUCUCCCCCCGCCCCUGCCGACAAGUUUGCUUUUUUUGGUUUUACAUAUUAAAAUUUACAUUCUUACCUUACAUUGACUGGGAUUCCCACAAAUCCCUGGACUUCCCUCCUCCCCUCCAUGGGUCCCAUUAUUGAACCUUUUCUACUGCAUCUUUUUAAAAAUAAUCCCAAUUUUUAUAUCUUUAUAUCAUCCAUAGUUCUCAUUACAUUACAAGUGUUAUUGCAAUCCCACUAAUGAUUUUAACUGUUUACAGUGUUCUCCAGGGUAAGUUAAAAGUUUCCCCCAUUCUUUAUUAAAGUUUUGGUCUUCCUGAUUUCUGAUUUUUCUGGUCAUUUUUGCCAUUUCGGCAGAGUCCAUCAACUUAGUCUGCCAUUCUUCUCCAACAGGGACUUUUAUCUUCUUUCCAUCUCUGAGCUAGUAACAUCCACGCAGCUAUUGUCGCAUAUAUAAACAGUCUCUUCUGUUUUUAGAGAAUUCUUUAAUCUGACAAUUGAAGCUGUAAUUUUCCUGCACAGUGUUCACAGAAUCAUAGGGUUGGAAGGGAGCCCGGGGGCCACCUAGUCCAAUCUCCUGCAUUGCAGGAAACCUGCCAUAGAUGUCCCUGGGUGGGCUCGAACUGCCAACCUUUCGGUUAGCAGCCAGACGCACUGACCCAUUGGGGUUGCAGGGAGGGCAGUGGUGGUGAUUUGUAGGGGAAUUCUUGCAGCAAUUUGAUUGUACAGCCCUCAUAUGAUACUGGUGUAGCUUAAAGGUAAAAGGUAAAGGUACCCCUGCCCGUACGGGCCAGUCUUGACAGACUCUAGGGUUGUGCGCUCAUCUCACUCUAUAGGCCGGGAGCCAGCGCUGUCCGCAGACACUUCCAGGUCACGUGGCCAGCGUGACGAAGCUGCUUCUGGCGAGCCAGCGCAGCACACGGAACGCCGUUUACCUUCCCGCUAGUAAGCGGUCCCUAUUUAUCUACUUGCACCCGAAGGUGCUUUCGAACUGCUAGGUUGGCAGGCGCUGGGACCGAGUGAUGGGAGUGCACCCCGCCGCGGGGAUUCGAACCGCCGACCUUUCGAUCGGCAAGUCCUAGGCGCUGAGGCUUUAACCCGCAGCACCACCCGCGUCCCUUUCUGGUGUAGCUUAGCCGACCUAUUUGUCUCCUGUCCUUUCCACAAUGCACGUGCUUCUCGGGUGAUCUCCCAUGGAGAUACUCUCCAGACCCCAGGCUAUUCAGCUCCAGCCACAGAACUGCUUCGUUCAUCUUCACAUCGUGAUCACUGCUGUUAACAGUGAUCCAGAGAAGCCCGGCUGGGGAGCUCGGGUGACAGAGCUGUAUUUCCCUGGUGUGCCUAUAUUUGGAGGCACUUCCAGUAGGCUGAAGUCUCCGAUUAUGUGCCUCCUCCUUACUCGAUAUAUCCCUCCCCAUUCUGAACUCUCCUCCUCCUCCUUCCCCGCAGUCUCAUGUUCUGAUCUAAACCCACUUCGGCUAUCGUUCAGCAGCCAAACACGCCAGUGACUCAUAUUUUCCUCCUUAUCUUCAGCAAGCUCUGCACUUGGCCAGACGAUAUACCAUCUGCUUUCUCUUUAGCUCUACUCUUGGCCUUAGCUGCAGUUGCUUAAAAAAACCCCACACACAACCAGGCUACAUUUUGAACGCUUGUGUUGAAGGGAAAAAAGUAACCCGAUACUGCCUCAACAUGUGCCAUGAGACUCCCCUGUAGAUUCCUCCUUGCUUGCCAUUUUUGUGGCUCAGAGAGUUUAUUAUUUGCUACAUCCCUGCAACAACAGUCUGGUGGGCUGGGGCACAUCAGUCGGUGGACUUUAGCUCUGCCGCCGCCACAGCCACCCUGCGCUCUCAUGGUCAAUGCUCACAGCCCUUUCUUUCCCUGGGCUCUCUUUAUGGACAUGGGUGGUGCUGUGGUCUAAACCACUGAGCCUCUUGGGCUUGACAAUCAGAAGGAUGACGGUUUGAAUCUCCACGGCGGGGUGAGCUCCCGUUGCUCGGUCCCAGCUCCUGCCAACCUAGCAGUUUGAAAGCAUGGCAGUGCAAGUAGAUAAAUAGUUACCACUGCGGCGGGAACGUAAAUGGCAUUUCCGUGUGCUCUGGCUUCUGUCGCUGUGUCCUGUUGCACCAGAAGUGGUUUAGUCAUGUUGGCCACAUGACCCAGAAAGCUGUCUGUGGACAAAGCAAGAUGAGCGCUGCACCCCAUAGUCACCUUUGACUGGACUUAACCAUCCCGGGGACCUUUACCUUUACCUUUACCUUUGCCUUAUGGUUUUCAUGAACCCCUCUGUCAUCUCGGCUCCUCCUUUCCCUGUCUCCAGGCCUCCUCUGGCAGCUGUUUCCUCAAGUUCCGCAUUUCAGGCCCUUGUCACCUGCGGCCUGCUUCCUUCUGCCAACCUGACUCUCCCUUAACUAACUUGUCGGCCAUCUCCACCCACAACACACACACUUUUAGACCUAAGUAAGCCUUCUGUUUCCAGCUCUCCACCCCCAGAGGUAGACACCGUUGUUUUCUAAUUAAAGUGGUACCUUGGCUCUCGAACGUAAUCCAUUCUGGGAGUCCAUUCGACUCCCAAAACGGUUCAAAAACCAAGGUGUGGCUUCCAAUUGGCUGCAGGAGCUUCCUGCACUCAAGCGGAAGCUGUGUCGGACGUUCAGCUUCUGAAAACGUGUGCAAACCAUAUCACUUCUGGGUUUGCAGUGUUCGGGAGCCAAUUUGUUUGAGUACCAAGCCCUUCUGGAAGCAAGGUACCACUGAACAUAGAGUGAACCCUCCUGCCAUCUUGCUCUCUUCAAUCCAGGUGCGGGUCGAAAACUUCCGUGCAGAGGAGCUGAUGGCAUGCACUGGAGGGGUGCAUGCCAAAGUCCUCCCGUUAUACGGAGCGGUGAAGGAGGGCCUGUGGAUUACUCUCUUCAUGAAGCUAAUGGAAGGUAGGUGUUCAAGGACAAGAGAAAUGGAGCCCUGUGUGAGCAGCAACAGCAGCAAUUUGCAGCUUACUGCACGGGCAAAGUACAGUGGUACCUCAGGUUACAUACGCUUCAGGUUACAGACUCCGCUAACCCAGAAAUAGUGCUUCAGGUUAAGAACUUUGCUUCAGGAUGAGAACAGAAAUCGUGCUCUGGUGGCGCAGCUGCAGCAGGAGGCCCCAUUAGCUAAAGUGGUGCUUCAGGUUAAGAACAGUUUCAGGUUAAGAAUGGACCUCCAGAACGAAUUAAGUUCUUAACCCGAGGUACCAUUGUAAUGAGACCUGGCAUGGAAAUAAUUUGGGGGACCAGCAGAGCGGCUAAGCAUGGUUAAGUUUCAUCUGGCGAGUUCCACUAUGACUAUGCGCGUGUCAGGGACUGGACAGAGGAGGAAUGGUGGGAACCGCCUCCCCAUCCUGGCCCUUCCAGAGAAGGGGAGGACAGUAUAGAUUUACAACAUUGGUUUGCGGGAGGUCAUAACUCAGAGGCACACGAGGGGAAAAGCUGGGAAAUAAUGAGAGAGGAGCAGGAAGCCGCAGUAGCAGCAGGGGGGUGGCGUGACAGCUGACGGACUCAGUAUCUUUAGAAAGCAUUCCAGACCCCCCUUCUCCCAGAACCCGGUGGGCAUUGAAAGUAGGAGAGCAGAGAGCUCAGAGGCAGAAAGCACAGAUCAGCCAUCAUAGGGAUGACGUAUAAUGAGAGAGAUGGAGGGUGGGUUUCCACUCAGAGCAACACCAUUACUCCUAGAGGGAGCAUUUCUAAGCCUCUCUAUGUGAAUAUUGAAUAAAAGACUUGGUAAGAGCUUCUUGACUAUUACCGGCAGCCUGCUGUGGGGGAGAGGAUUGGAUUCCCUGAAGCCUGACAGUGCGCCACUUUUUAGAGGGAAAAGUGGGAUACAGAGGGAAUAAAUAAAAUAACAGCAAUUCUUCCUUGCAGGUGGGUCCCUUGGCCAGCUCCUGAAGCAACGCGGUUACCUGCCGGAGGACCGAGCUCUUGAUUAUCUAGGCCAAGCGCUGGAAGGCCUGGAGUACCUUCAUGCUCACAGCAUUCUCCACGGAGAUGUGAAAGGUACGUACCUUGUUGGUGAACUGGCUUCUGGGUAGCAGAGAGCUGGCCUUCCCUCAGUGGAUUGGCUCUCUUGCAGCUCUUGAGAGGGUGGAGAGCAGGGUUUUGACAUGGUUCUCGCUGAGGUUGCCCACCUGUCUGGCUUUGCCAUUUCUGACAUGGUUGAUAAGAAUUCUCCACCCCGCAAACGACACAUCAAGGAGAAGGAUUUCUCGCUUAGCCUUCUUCCAGUGGCGCUAGUUUCUGCCGCUGUGGAAGGUCGUGCGGAGGAAGAGUCAGUCCUGCGAUUUUCCACUCCUGCUCUAAAGCAGCACGGAUGAGACACGGGUUUCUCAUCUGAAAAAAGAACCAGGCCUUGUUGUUACUCAAAGCUUGAAUCCUUCUUGUCCCUUACCUUUCCCGCCCCGACCUGGCCACAGUGAUCCAUGUGACGGUCAUCUCCAGGCUUGACUACUGUAAUUCGCUCUACACGGGGCUGCCCUUGAAGCUGUCCCAGAAACUCCAGCGGGUGCAGAAUGCAGCAGCGAGUCUCUGCCAUGGGAGCAUAUUCACCCAGUGCUUUUCCAGCCGGACUGGCUCCCGGUGGAGUACAGGGUCAGAUUUAAGGUGCUGGUUUUGACCUUUAAAGCCCUUCACGGCCUAGGACCCUCGUACCUACGGGACCGCCUCUCCCGGUAUGCCCCACGGAGAGCCUCAAGGUCCAUAAAUAGCAACACCCUAGUGGUCCCGGGCCCUAAGGAAGUUAGAUUGGCUUCAGCCAGAGCCAGGGCCUUUUCAACACUGGUUCCGGCCUGGUGGAACGCUCUGCCUCAUGAGACCAGGGCCCUACAGGAUCUGAUUUCUUUCUGCAGGGCCUGUAAGACAGAGUUGUUCCCCCUGGCCUUUGGCUUGGAGCCAAUUUGAUUCCCUCCCCCUCUUUUCUUUUUUCUUUUUCCUUUCUCCUCCUGUGAUGAGGCUGCAUUUUAAUAUUUUAAUGUUUCAAUAUUUUAAUUGUAUUUUAAUCUUGUUUUUAAGUUGUAUUCAUUCAACUUGUUUUUAUUAUUGCUUGUUAGCCGCCCUGAGCCCGGCCUUGGCUGGGGAGGGUGGGGUAUAAAAAAAAAUUAUUAUUAUCAUUAUUAUUAUUAUUAUUAUUAUUAUUGGGAUGCGCCUGGAUCUCGAUGGCAGGCAAACCAUUGUGACCUUUUCCUUGCCAGCUGACAACAUCCUCUUGUCCAGCGACAGAAGCCACGCUGUCCUCUGUGAUUUUGGUCACGCAGCUCACCUUCACCCGGAUGGCAUGGGGAAGCAUUUGAUGACAGGUUAGUUACGGUCAGUUCAGCAAAAGGUCGAGGAUACGCCCCGAGCCUAUGUUUAGGCUGCUUCACAUGCUUUCAUUUAAAUGCCCUUAGCCUGCCUUGUAAUAAAAAUCAUGGAGGUGUGCCCGCUCUGCCCGCUGCCAGUCCCGCGUGAGAUAUGCCACCACCCAGCCUCUGCACUCCCCUCUACUUCCCCUGGCAUUAUAUUUAGGCAUCAAUGGGGUUCUAUGUAAUCCGUGCCGAAUAGAUAAAUUUCUGCGCCCAGGGGGGUCUAUAUUCUGUGCCAAGAAACCUAGGGGUUCGUAGCUUGUAUAAAUUAUGCAAAUUGAGUUUUUCUGCAUAGUUUUAUUUUGGUUUUGCCAGCCCCAAAAGGGCAAGGGCAUUGAAGGCCCACCUCCCAAGCACUGAUGAUCUUACUCAGUCGUCCCUCUAGCUUCUGAGAUUUCAGGAGCAGUCAUUAUAUGUAUGCUUUCAAACAUAUCCAUGUGAACAUAAGCGGUAGAUAAUGGCUUUUCUUAAAAUGAAACAAAGCAAUAAUGCUUAGCAUUUAUGUGUUGUUGUUUUGAAUGUUCAAAGUGUCUUCCAUGCCCUAUGUUAUUAUAAAGCCGAGAACCAAUCAAGUAGGGGUGGGAUCCAGUGCUAGGUCUUACGGAGGAGACCAUGGGUCACCAACCUUUUUGGACUAAUGGGCACUUUUCAGAUUUUGAGAGUGCUGGGGUUGCCAGUCACAAAACAGCUGCAUAACACAAACUUAGAGAGACAUACACGCUUGACAGCCUUGUGUUUACCAUGGGAAGUCAGCUAUGUCCUGCUGGUGGAGAUCAUGGAAUCCUGGCCCCCCAAAUGGAAAAUGAGCGAGGUCUCAACCCAAGAAGAAUGGCAGCGUAAGUUGACAGAAUAUGCACAACUUCCAGAUUUAACAUACAGAAUAAGAACAAGAAGAACAUACGUUUCAAGAAAAUUGGAAAACGUUAAUUGAAUAUUUGGGAAAUAAUUGUAUGCAGCUGAAAAUGCUGGCAGCAUUAAGAUACAUUCAACAGUGUAAACAUGUUUUGAUGGAUACAGUAAUGGAAUACUGAAUGGUACAGUUUUUGUAAAAUAUGCAGGAUUGAUGAUCUGUAAAAUGAACCAUGGAAAGAGAAGAAGGGAAGUCAUUGAUAUCUUAAGGAUGUAAAAUGAGUAUUUCAAAUUGUAAAAUAGAAAAUUUAAUAAAUUUAAUAAAAAUAAUUUUAUUAAAUUUUCAAUUUUACAAUUUAAAACACUCAUUUUACAUCUUUAUGACAUAUCUAUAUCUAUCUAUCUAAGAGAUCAUGCAAUCCUGAUUACACACAAACAUCUGUAUCCUUGCAACAUCCCUGCCAGAUAGAUUAGGCCAAGAUAGUGUGAUUUGGCCAAGGGCUCCCUGUGUUUCAUAAGUGAGCAGAGAUUUUCGCCCAGGUCCUCCACCCACUGUUGUUGCAUAAUAAUAAUAAUAAUAAUAAUAAUAAUAAUAUACCGCCCUAUACCUGCAGGUCUUGGGGCAGUUCACAGGAUGAAAUCACAAUAUAAAAACACAAAACACAUAACUAAAACAAAAACAACCCAAUACAUUUAAAAAGGGCAUUGGAUGCCUGGUUAAAGAGGAAUGUUUUUGCCUGGUGUCUAAAGGUGGAUAAUGAAGCACCAGGCGAGUCUCUCUGGGGAGAGCAUUCCACAAACAGAGUCUAGUCCAGCCUCGAGUCUGCUAUACUACCCCAGGUCUCCUGUUUGGGUCCAAACUGCUACCCUUUCCCCUUUAAGAACCGCCUGUGUAUGGGCUGCUUCUGCACAAGACCUUAGAGAGCAGAUCUCCUCCAUUGCAUUUCCAGGGGAUUAUGUUCCUGGCACAGAGACCCACCUGGCCCCCGAGGUGGUGAUGGGGAAGCGCUGCGACUCCAAGGCAGACGUCUGGAGCAGCUGCUGCAUGAUGCUGCAUCUCUUGAACGGCUGCCACCCCUGGACCCAGUACUACAACCACCCUCUGUGCCUCAAGGUCAGUUGCAUUUUUGCAGACAUGCAGGUGGGCUGGCCUGAUUUAGUCAGGGCGCAUUGGCAUUUGGAAGGACGAACUCCCUUCCAUCUUCAGGUAUGGUGUGCACGGCUGCUGAUCCAGGAAAGGGUGUCGUGGAGGGGAAGAGGGAUUGAUGGAUAAAUAAUAGAGAAAAACACUUUGGAGAGGUGAGCAGUGCCUUUCCUUGAAGGACCUCCCAGGUCCAUCAAUGGUGGAAGGAAGCAGAAGAGGGCAUUCCAGGGCGCGGCUGUAACUUCCCUCUGGGGCUGCUUAUGGCAAACGGUUUCUUCAGCUUCUCUGCAGUCUCACUGUGAUGCUGUAGUUUUAUCCUCUGUUCCUCUAUAGUGGGUAAGUCUAUCUUUCCAUCUUUGUGCAUAUAAUGGUUUCGCCACUACACAGUCAUACCUCGAGUUACAGACGCUUCAGGUUGCGUUUUUUCGGGUUACGGAUGCGCUGAAACCCGGAAGUACUGGAACGGGUUACUUCUGGGUUUCGACGGUCACGCAUGCACAGAAGCGUUGAAUCGCAACCCGCAUGUGUGCAGACGCGGCGCUGCGGGUUGCGAAUGUGCCUUCCACACGGAUCACGUUCACAACCCGAGCAUACACUAAUUUAUUGGGGUAAUCUUCCAUAGUCCUUUUCCAGAUGUGUCCAUUAACCCUAAAAGAAAGACUUCUGGCUUACAGUUAAUAUUAACCUUUAAAAUCUGCUGUACAGUCAAACCUCGGUUCCCAAACGCCUCUGUUCAGGAAUGGUUUGGCUCCCGAAAACCCGGAAGUAAGUGUUCCGGUUUACGAACAUUUUUCUGAAACCGAGCGUACGACGCGGCUUCCACUUGAGUGCAGGAAGCUCCUGCAGCCAAUCGGAAGCCGCGCCUCGGUUGUAGAACAUUUCAGAAUGGGCUUCCGGAAUGGAUUACAUUUGACAAGCGAGGUUUGACUGUGUCAGCGUACGUAUUUGUAUCCAAUAUUUUUUAGCCUUUUUACAUGUCCACCACAGCAUGGCAAAAUGUCCCUUUGUGUCCUUGGCACUUCCAGCAAACAUUUGAAAUACAUUUGUACAUUGCAAAUAGUUUCUCAGGUGUAAUAAACCAACGGUACAUCAUCUUCUAUUAAAAAAACCCUCUUUAGGAUCAUGUGGAUAACCUGACCCGUCUAACAGACCUGCCUCCUUCUCCUCUGGUAAACAUUGCCGCUUCUGACACCUGACGUUUCCCCGCAUUUUCUGUAUUGCAGAUCGCCAAAGAGCCGCCUCCACUGAGAGAAAUCCCACCCUCCUGCCACCCAUCCACCGCCCAUCUCAUCAAGGCGGGUCUUGAGAAGGAUCCGGCCCGACGGGCCUCUGCAGCGGAGCUGAGGGUGAAAGCCUGUGCGGCCCUUGAAAAGGGUGAGGAUUUCCUACAGCUAUUAAACAAGUGGCGGAUUACCAGAGCCCAACACCUCGCUGGUGACAAAAAGCUGCUUGCGGCAUGCGACGUGCUUUAUUUGCUGCCGCUGCUGCCAAAUGCUUGUUGUGUUGGCUUUAAUAGGACUACUUGGCUGUUGGCACUCGGCAGAUCCGGUUCUUGUGCUGUGAGUUAAAAUGAUAAUAAUAAUAAUAAAUUUUUAUUUGUACCCCACUCUCCCCAGCUGGAGCCGGGCUCAGAGUGGCUAGCAUAUAAAUAAUGCAGUAUGCAUAAAAACAAGCAAUCAAUCGAUUAAAAAGCAUCCCAAAUAAAUUAAAGUUAAAACUGGACAAAUGACAACCCUCAGGUUAAAAUUGAAAGCAGUUAAUACUCGCCAGGACCAACUGUUUCCACUGAUAUUAUAAGGACCUGUGAGCAGGCUGGGAAACCUCCUUUGUGCUUGUUCUUAUACAAAGAGAAAAUGAGUCAGACUGAACCCUGACCAAAGGCCUGGUGGAACAGCUCCGUCUUGCAGGCCCUGCGGAAGGAGGUCAAAUCUCGCAGGCCCCUGGUCUCUUGUGAGAGAGCGUUCCACCAGGCCAGGUCCAUGGAUGAAAAGGCCCUGGCUCUGAUCGAGGCCAGUCUAAUCUCCCUGGGGCCCAGAAUCUUCAGGGUGUUGCAGACCGUAAGGUCCUCCAUGGGACAUACCAGGAGAGGCGGUCCCCAAGUGCUGCCGUCAUCUGUGAGUGAGGGUGGGUGUCCCCCAUCAAUCACAGAACACUUGGGUUUUUGACUGUCCUUAAAUUUUGAAUCCACAGUUGAUUGUGUUCCGCAUGUCAAGCAUAUUGGGCCCAAUUCGGCAACCCUUGUUUCGCGCAUUCCCGCCAGACAGCAGGGAGUGUGCCUUUAUUUUCAAAAUGCUGUUCCCUGCCGUAACGAAUCACAGGCAACUUUUACAACUUGGGCUUUCGGUGGUGUAGCGAAUGGGAAGGCUGAUGUUUUGAGGCAGGUUAAAAAGACUGCCUUUGGCCAGGUACGGCAGCUACAACAGGUAUAAUUUAGCCGCAGGAAUUCCAGGCGUUUGUAACCUGUUUGCUUUAACACACUGUGUGUGGCAGGUGAGGCCAGAGGCAAAGGUGGGAAGAGCUGUGGGUGUAAUUCUUGCCUUUCUACCAUAGGGUAACUUCUAAACACACACACUAACACACCUCCAUCCAGACAAGCCAGAGCCACCAGAUGUCAAGGACAAAUUGCAGCUAGGAAAAAAACACUUGGGGGUAAAACAGGACCAGGGAAGGGUGUGGGCUGGGGAAAGUUCCAGGGGCCAGGCAGAGAAAUCUGGGGGCCUCAUUUGGCCCUCGGUCUUGAGGUCACAAACACACACACCACACACUCCCUGCUGCUGGGUAAAGCUUCAAAUGAUCAUCCCAUCAAUGCAUCCUUUUUCUUCACUUAAUGGGAGUCACAUGGAAUUCAAAAGAAACGAAACCUUCUGGGUGAUUCCGCUCCAGCAAGUGCUCCUUUCUCUUCCUCGGACCUAACAUUUCCCCUUCGCUUUGCAGUGGGAGGCCUGAAGAGCCCCUGGAAAGGAGAAUACAGACAACCCCGAAGCCUACAGUUGGCCCCAGUGCCUAGUCUCCCAGACCCACCGCUGCCAAUCCCGGAGCCUCCCGAAUGCCGCACCCUCCCACUUCCCCGCCACGGUCUGGCCGAGAAGGCGCAGUUCAUCCCUCUGAGCACGUGCAAGGAACUAAUGCAGCCGUGCGACUCUCUGCAGCUCUGCUUCCUGCCUCCUCUCAGCGCCAAGAGGGGCAGUUUGACGGACUGGAGAACCACGUCCUUUGAACUUGAGCUUCAGCAGCUGGAGUUUGGUAAUGACCGAACUGCGCUUCUCGUCUUUCUCUCUGGAAAUGUGCCUUUAUUCGUCAUCUUGCUCUCAAGUCUCCUGCCUAGCGAGUUCUUUGUGUGCAGCUCUGCUGCCCCAGAGUUGAAGGGUUGUACAUAUAGGGCAGUACUACCUGCUUCCUGUUGGUUGGUUGGAGGACCAGGCAAGGAAGGGUUGUGUGCUUAAAAGAUAAAAAGGAGGGAUGGAAUUACAUCUAUGCACAGCGCCGAUGUAUCUUGUGCCUGGGUGGUUGUAGCAGAAUAGAAAGAAGCAUGGAUAAGAUGGGAUAUAGCGAUUUAAAAGAACAAACACCGAAUAUCUCCAUUUUCAAGGUUAAAACAAUAAAUUGGGCUCCUUUUGGCUUCAUGCAGGUAUUGAAAAGGGAAUCUUUGUUGAAUUCCAAUAUCUUGUCAAUGGCACAUUGCUAAAUUUUAUUGAAGCGGGGGCGAGGGUUUUUCAGAAGGAUAGGGUUCCUUCCCCAUCUUGUUUCCGGUAGGAGAAGUGUUAUCUGCGCUUCUCCAGCUGCUCUUUAUGCCCCAUGUCAUUUCCAUUGCUUUCUUGAUUUAGUUCAGCCCAACCUGCCAUGACUCAUUCAUUGCCAUUUUGGGUUUAGGACGAUUUGCAUCUGGUAUAGCUGAUUUCCACAGCGCCUUUUUUAUAUUGCCGGGAUCAUUGCUCUUGUCUUUCUCUGUACCUUUAUGGAGCCUCAGUGUAUUGAGUCUUCUUUCAAAUCCAUGUAGAAUAAAUCCUAUCAUGAUUUUUAAAAUAUAUACAGUCGUACCUUGGAUCCCGAACGCCUCGUGAGUCGAAUGCUUAGGCUCCUGAACGCCGCAAACCUGGAAGUGAGUGUUCCGGUUUGCAAAUGUUAUUUGGAACACAAACGUCCGACGCGGCUUCCUGCAGCCAAUCGGAAGCCGUGCUUUGGUUUCUGAAUGUUUUGGAAGUCAAACAGACUUCUAGAACGGAUUCCGUUCGACUUCCGAGGUACCACUGUAUAUGAAAAAGAACACUGAAUAGGCUUCCAUGAAGGAAACAGAAUAUGCUUGUUUUUUUAAAACAGGCAUAGGCAAACUCCUAUUGUUGUUUUAAAGCAGGCAUAGGCAAACUCCAGCCCUCCAGAUAUUUGGGACUAUAAUUCCCAUCAUGCCUAGCUAACAGGACCCAUGGUCAGGGGUGAUGGGAAUUGUCGUCCCAAACAUCUGGAGGGCUGGAGUUUGCCUAUGUCUGUUUUAAAACAAGCACUUUUUUUCAUGGUUUGAGCUUUGUGGACUCAGUCCUUUCACAUAAGAACCAUCUGGUUCAUGGUUGAAUUAUCUGUUACGACCGUAGGCUGAUGUCUCCUAACAUAAGUGGUGCCAAGCGGCUGUGAAAAGCAGCAUGGUGAGGCUGCAGUCUUAAGCAGAGAAGCUGUGUGGGGAGGGGUUGCUGAACCCUUCCUCCACCCACCAUUUCCCCUCCAGGUGGCCUUAUAUCUGGACUUUGAUUCCUAGCUCAGUGCAGCUCAUGUUCUGAGCUGCCAGUUGUCACUAUAACACGUUGAUUUUAUUUAUUGAGAACCUUGCUCAGGUCUUUCAAUGCAAGCCUAUUGGUGAGGCGCUGUGUAAAUGAGGCAACACCAAAUGGGCUGAAAGAGUGAGAUACUGAUUAGCAGGAGGAGCUUUUAUGGAGCAUUUGAAAUGAGAAAGGCUGUGCUGAAGAGAGCGGGAGGUUAGGGAGUUAAAUGGUGAUAAAAAUAUGCACAGGGUUUGUUUAAAACUGCAUUGAUUACUUGGCAAAUGUGUUCAAAAAUUAGUCAAAUGUAGUUCUCUGAAAAAUGGGGCAGAGCUGCAUAGCACGACCCCACUUGUCAUGGGGGGGCGCAAAUCUGGAACUUGCUGAGGGCCAGGGGUGAUUGGGGGAUGAUCUGUUUUCAUUGUAGCCUGUUUCCUUUCCCACAGAGCUGAUUCGAAACAGCCUGUCUCAGCCCUUCUCUCUGGAGGAGCAGGAACAGAUGCUGUUGUGCCUCAGCUUGGACAGUGCUCUCCCGUCAGACGCCAGUGAGAAGGCAAGUACAGGAGGACAAGCAGGAGGGACCCAUGACUGCUUGCAUUGUGCCGGGAUGCGGGUGGCGCUGUGGUCUAAACCCCUGAGCCUCUUGGGCUUGCCGAUCAGAAGGUCGGCAGUUGGAAUCCCCGUGAUGGAGUGAGCUCCCGUUGCUCGGUCCCAGCUCCUGCCAACCUAGCAGUUCGAAAGCACACCAGUGCAAGUAGAUAAAUAGGUACUGCUGUGGCGGGAAGGUAAAUGGCGUUUCCAUGCACUCUGGUUUCACUCUGGCACUCAUGGUCCUCCAUGCACCAGAAGCGGUUUAGCCAUGCUGGCCACAUGACCCGGAAAGCUGUCUGUGGACAAAGGCCGGCUCCCUCGGCCUGAAAGUGAGAUGAGAGCCGCACCCCAUAGUCGCCUUUGACUGGACUUAACCGUCCAGGGGUCCUUUACCUUUACCUUUUUCCUUGCAUUGUGCCAAUUACCUGAUUUGGUCCCGGAAGCAUCUCCUGCCUCUGAGCUGUGAAAACCUUUUAGCGUGUGGCCCAGAAAGAAAUUGGGACGGGUGCCAGAGAUUUCACUUCUUCUUGGUGUACAUUUUAAUGUAUUUUUAAUCUUUGUUGGAAGCUGCCCAGAGUGGCUGGGGUACAAAUAAAAUAUUAUUAUUAUUAUUAUUAUUAUUAUUAUUAUUCAGGGCUCCCAGGUCCUGCUUGUGAGCUUCCUAUAGAUAUUAGCAGGUGCCUCUUUUUCUCUUCAUACUGUUCCGGUAGUGAGAGAAGUGCCAGAUUCUAUGUCUUGUCCAGGUUUCCAGUCCUUUGGACAUGCCUGGGAGGGAGGCUACCUGAAGUUAAGAAGUGACCCCCAUACCGUGGGGCAUUGGAAACUAGACACUGCAUGUGUGCCUGCGGAAGAAUGACAUUGCUAUCGCUUUCUGUUUCUCUAGGACUCAUUGAAAACAUCUCAGAGCCUGAAGGAAACCAUGAGUUCUGGAGUGGGUUCGUGGAGCAGCCAAACAGAUGGGCAGAGCAACAGCUGGAACAGCUGGCUGCAUCUCAGCAGGAAUACAGAUAUGCCCACCUACUUUGAUGGUAGGUUCUGUUCUCGGUCCAUACGGUACUAAGCAAGCCAGAGGCCAAAUGGCUUCUUCUGCAUUUGCUUGCCAAAGGCACUAUUGUGUUAAACUGUUCCAUUUUGUGGUGUGUUUCAUUGGCACAUGAAUUACUAAUUGCUAAUUAGACCAUGUAAUCAUUACUAAUAAACCAGUAAACACUAGAAUUGGCAGCAAAAUUCGUUUUACAUCGAAUACCAGGAUAUAGUUGGCUGCCUUGCAUUUCUCUUUUUUAUGAUUUUCAAUUUUAUACCUUUCAGUAAUUUUACAAUCAUUUUGACAUUUCCUUCCCCCUCUUUCUGCGGUUCCUUAAAUUAAUUUUUUUAUAUUUUCUGCAUAUUCCACAUGAACUUAAUCAUUUAUUCAUGUACUUUAAAUACAUACUCUUAUAAAAAAACUGCAGAUUAUGACAAUAAUCCUGCCAAUGUUCUUACCUGUUUGCAGUUUAUUUGUAAAUAUUCCAUAAACCAUUUCCAUUCUUUUAUAAAAAGUUUGCUGCCUUGAUUUCUUAUUUUUCUGGUAAGCUUCGCCGUUUCUGCAUAUUCCAUAAGUUUUUAUAAAGACUACCUUGCAUUUCUCAGUGCAUCUUGCCAUUGCUCUUAUCAGAAAGAAGUCUGAUUGUUUGGGAAAGUGAGUUAUUUGUUCGGGGCCCUUGCAAUCUGCCAGUAGGUGAGCAAAUCCCACCUGAAAAUAGCGACAGCCAGGAAGCAUCCUGAUAGAUUUAUUUGGCAUGAUCUUUAAUGGACCAGAAGCUGCUUUGUCAGAUGUAUAGAGUGUUAUCUUCAGGUGGCAAGUAAAUGCUUAGCUCUCUAUUUCUGCCUUCCAGGAGUGAAAAUUGAGAUCCGCUUGCUCAGCGGGGAAAGUCUCCACAUCCGAGAGUUUCGUGGCGCCAAGGUGGGAGAUGUGGCCAUUGGAAUCAGCAGCCAGGUGAGUUCUGCCCUGGUAGACCUCUCUCCUUUUGGAGGUGAGAAGUACUGCAAAAUGGGGCUACAGUGGUACCUUAGUUCUCAAGCUUAAUCCGUUCCGGAAGUCCGUUCCAAAACCAAAGUGUUCCCAAACCAAGGCGCGCUUUCCCAUAGAAAGUAAUGCAAAACGAUUAAUCCUUUCCAGACUUCUAAAAACAACCACUAAAACAGCAAUUUAACAUGAAUUUUACUGUCUAACGAGACCAUUGAUCCAUAAAAUGAAAGCAAUAAUCAAUGUACCGCACUAUAAAAUGAAUAAGACAGUAUUGUAGAUGAUAAAAAUUAAUAUUAUUAUUUUUUUCUUACCUGCGCUGAUGAUAGUCAUUGUUUGGAUGGGGGGCUUUUAUCCAUUUCCGCAGUCAGUCAGUAGCUGAACUGGAUUCUACCCAGUCACAAAAACAAAUUAACCGAGAAAGCCACAAAAACGCAAAAUAAAUAGCAAAAACAAAAGCGCCAAACUUAAUCUGUUCCAGAAGUCUGUUUGACUUCCAAAAUGUUCAAAAACCAAGGCGCAGCUUCUGAUUGGUGCAGGUGCCCCGGAAACAAUAGCCAAAACCCGAAUCGGAUGUUCGGCUUCCGAAAAACGUUCGAAAACCGGAACACUUAACUUCUGGGUUUUCGGCAUUUGAGUACCAAGUUUUUUGAGAACCAAGGUACCACUGUAUUUGGGAAUGUCAUCUUAAUCCUUCUCCGCCUUGCAAGAUAUCUUCUGGAGAAGAAAAGGCUAAGGAUUAAACCCUGCACAAAUCCAGAGUGGAGUCCCUAAGACGGUUGGAUGGCACUUUGUAUGCCUUCUUCCAGCAACUCCUGCAGCCCAGAUGGUGCCAGACAUAUUGCUCUGCUUUCCUUUGGACCUUAUCAGCGAGGCUGAGAGGGGGCGUCUUGUCAUCAGCAACCCAGGACCUCCAUACAGACUGCCCAGGUUUGCGCCCCAGGGAGGUUACUUCAGUGCUGCUAGUGCAGUGGUCUGGCUCCACCGCUGGAGGCACACUCCUCCAUUGUCUCGAGGAAGAAAGAUAAUCAACAUGGCCACUUUGCUCUUGCUGAACUCUGCUGUGGGCCCAGAAAUACACAUGCAAUGAAUUUUUUGCCCACUCCCCCUUUAAAUGCAUGUGAUGUGACUUUGUUUCUUCCUCUGUCAACUAGAAAUAAACGUGCAGUUACAAUACGAUACAAUACGAUAAUCUUUAUUGUCAUUGUCCCAUGCAGAACAACGAAAUUGAAAAAAUCUACAUCAGACAUUCAAAAACCAACAAGCCUGCUAUCCCAGCCUGGUUAGCCCCCUAAAAACUAUGAUACCCCAUAAUUAAAUACAAUAUACUCCCAUAGAGACUACCUUACACUGUGUUUAAAACCAAAAUUGCAUUUGGAUAGAAACUGUUUCUCAGACGGCUAGUCCUAGUCUUUAUAACCCUGUACCUUCUUCCAGAAGGCAGAAGCUGAAAGAGAUCAUUUCCGGGGUGUGCGCACUAUCCUGUACUAUCUGCAGCUUUCUUAUGACACCUGGAAGCGUUGAUUUGAUCCAGUUGUUGUGGAGUCAGGCCCCUUCACCUUUUUGUGUGUGUGUGUUCUGCUUUCACAGAUACCGGCCUCUGCUUUCAGCUUCUUCACCAAGGAAGGCCAACCCGUCCGCUGCGACAUGGUGGUCCCUGAUUUGGGCAUCGAACUUCAGUGCACCCUUGCUCCUGACAGCAGCUGUGGCUGGAGCUGGAGGGUCAAACAUGGCCAACUAGAGAAGAAGCCUUAAGGGAUGCUGUCUCUCCCCAUGACACUCCUGUGAUAUCCCCCACGGAGCCAGAUGUGGUAUCUGCAGAUAGCUGAGUGCUGAAUAUUGUUGGUGGUUGUAGGUUAUAGGUUUGGUUCCUCUCUGCUUCUCUGCCAGCCCUUGUGUGCAGCCAGGUUUAUGGGCUGGGUGGCAGAAAAAACUGAAUUAUUGUGUCUGCGUUUAUGAAACUGACCCAGAAGACUAGGAAGAGCCUGAUCUGCUGGGUUGCGGGCAGGCGGUCAAUUUCUUAACCCAACCGCCUUCUACCAAUCCCAAGGAAAAUGGGAAGUUCUGAUUUGCCCAGUGGGGCUUAGUAAAGUUCCCCAAACCCAGCAAUGGGCUUAAGAGGUGGGGAACCUCCUUGGAGACAAAGCACAUCAGGUCACCUUGGCCAACUCACUUUCUCAUCACCACGCUUGUUUGCAGCACGCUUGUUGCCUUGCAAAAACCGUUGCCCUGAGCAGCUUGGAGGAAUGUAGUCAGCAACACAUAUCUGAUUCGCUUGGGAACUUCCUCAGCGAAACUGGUAGCAUGCGGCACCUUCUGAGAAAGCUCAGAAGUCUGUGCUGGAAGAUUCGUCGUAUUAAAUUUCAGUUGCAUGGCAAUUUUCCUAGCUGUGCAAUGGACAGCCAGCUUUGGUUUUGCGCACCAUCCAGUGCCUAUGGCAGCCCACCAGUGCUUUGAUGAUAAGAGCACCUGCUCUUGCUGCCUGCCUUGUGUGGCCAAAAACCUCAAAGGCCUGAAUAUGCCUGAGCCCUGUUUGGCUUGGUGAAUCGCUACUUGGCCACAUUUCGGUGAGCUUAAAAUUCCGGGCAUCAAAUUUCUCCAAGUGCCCCUUUUGGGGUGUUUGAGGGGAGUUUUCUGUGCUUGGCGUCAAAACGCAACCAGCUUUGCAUUCCAUCUCAUGGUGAAAUGCAUGACAGGAUGGGAAAUCAGUUGAGUGUGUCUCAGUUUGUUCAUAUAAUCCGGGCCUGUAUUGUUUGUAACCCACCAAACCCAAUAACCUUGGCAGACAUGUACCGUAGCCAAACAGUUGCUUUGUAGGUUUUUGCAGCCCCUGGACAGGCAGCAAGAAAUAGGAAAUUUGAUAUAUAUAUAUAUAUUUUGGCUUGGUGGGUCACCUGAUAUGCAUCCCUUCAUAGAUAUGUUUUCAGCUACAACCCCCAUUGGUGAUUAGUGAUGACUGACACAGACAUUUCAAGUAGAGCUCCUUACGUUUUAGGUUUUGAUUCCAUUUUCUUUUCUUUUUCUGCCCUAAAUAGAGAGAACUGCAUGUGUCUUAACAGAGCCAGGGCUUAGCAUGCUUACUCAGAAAUAGCCCCACUGCUGUUAGUGGGACUUUACACCGAACUAAUUGCAUACAUAGGAUUGCAGCCUUAGAAAUCCAAACUCUAUAGCAGAAGAGUUUUAGGCAAAAUGUAAACGUGAAAUAAAGUAAGCAAAUCAGUACAAUAUAUAUGAUUUUUUUAAUAUAAAAAAAAAUUGUGUGCAUAUUGGCACGGUUGACCUUGUAGAGUUUGGAGUGGCUUUGUUCUGUGCCAAGUGAUCUGGGUAAAUGAAUGAAAGUGACUAGAUGAGGAACUUCAUUAGGAGGGAAGUCCUCUUUCCUUGUUGGGUACAAGGAUGUCCUGCUAUGACAAAGCCUUGCCUGAAGCUUACUAAGCUAUGAAUCUGAACCCACUUCCUUGCUGAGCUUCCUGUCUGGAAUAUUAAUGCCGCCUACAAAAUGAAGGCUGGCUAAUCUCAGCCACAGCCAUGGCGCUGCAGGGAUUGGAGACUGGAAGGCAGCCAUUCUGGGAUGGCUGUGGCCAUUCUCAGGUGGCAUAAAAUGGUUUGGUUUUUUCUUUUCUUUCGGAGCUAAGGUUAUUCUAUCCCGUUGGGGUUGAUUCUGCUGUCAGGCAAGGAAGCUGCCUCUUUCUAAACUCUCUGAAGUAGGGUAGAAAAAAGAAGAGGCGUGUUUUUAAAAAGGAGGGACAUCAUAGGGCAUCAUCACCCUUUUCCAAAUCACCUGCUCCCCCGGAAGAGCUUCCUUUCCCCAAGCCUCCCUUGGUGUACACGUGCCAAGAGGAAAUAUUUUACAACAAGCCACUUUAAAGGCCAACAUCCUUUCAGUCCAGCCUUCGUUGUGGUUUUGCGUGGCAGCCAGCACAAAGGCAUAAAUUGCCAUCAAGGCUGCGGUAAAAUCAGCAAACCAAGGUUUGCGGCGUUAUUUUUAAAGGAAAACGAAUGGAACUGGUAUGGGUGCCACCUGGUGUGUAGAAGAGGCACUGCAGUAGCUUAGAAGGGAAGAGGCUGGGCAAAAGUAGUGUGUUUUUGGUUGCUACCAAGUUAAAUGGCAGGGAAUUUACCAUUUAGAAAAGGAAACUGGGGCAGGGAGGCCUACACUCCUAGCUCCUUUAAUAAUCUCUUUGUCCCAUUGCUCUUCUCUGCAGCACGUUAGACCUACAUCUUGCAAGCCUUGUUCAGUUCUUGCAUGCAGCUGCUGAAAGAGGGAGACAGGACAGUUUAUCUACCCGCUUUUUGAGAGGCAAAUGUUCUUGCUCCCCAUUUAGAUUGGAGCUCUUGUGCACUUAGUGAUCUCCACUAGCCCUGUGGCUUUACAACCACCCAUGGUCCUUCUAGUCUAUAUAAAUUACUGCAGAAUGUUCCAGGAAAGAACUUCUGGAGCAGAGGUGGGGAACUUGCGGCCCUCUAGAUAUUUUGGGAAAUAUUUAAUCCUCCAGUGCUAGCCCCUGGGCUUCUGAGUGCUGUAGUUCAGCAAUACAAUCAGCACCGUGGAAGCCUAGAGUGGGUAAUAUGAAAGCACUGAUGCUUUGCCUUGCUUUCAUUCAUUCAUUCAUUUCAUACGUACUCUUUCCACUUGCUCUGCAAAUUUGCUUUAGGAAACAAUCAUUUUUGUCAGAGGGUUGGCUGUGCUGUACUUUGUUUUCAGAGGUUUGAAAUGCAAGCUGAAUAGCUGUGUUUUGCUCUGCAAGAACAAGACUCUGCAGUCUUUGUCUGCCCUUGAUUUUGAAAAGACAAAAGUAUUAUUAUUUUUUUGAGGGGGGGUUUCCUCAGUUUGAAGGAGUGGGGAAAGUCCUGGGAUAUGAUCGCAGCCAGACUCCUCUAGACUCUUUGGUUCUUGUAGAUCCCAGGGCUCCAGUGCAGGGAAUGUUAGUUCCACUCUAAUUGUUGACAUCAGUGGGACAAAAUAGUUAUUGAGAUGGGCACAUGCCUGCUUUUCUUUGGAUUCAAGUCAGUUCUGCCAGUUGCCAGACCUAUGCAAUACUAACAGUGGCCUAAAUCUGUUGUUACCUUCUUUUGCCUUCCUGUGAUGUUCCAGAACACCAUGAUAAUGUAUGUAUUGCUGUCAUGGAAAUGAAGCAAAAUUACACCUUUUGGGGUAGCAAAUGACUUUUGUGGCGUUUUAUUUUAUUGAACAGUGUUGUGCAUUGCUGCUCUGCUCUUGGGCAAUUCUUGAUUUGGAGUGAGGUUGGUCUUAAUGCUUCAGGUUUGUGGGUCCCGUGUCCCAGCCAUUCCCCGUGUCCCAAAGCAGUGCAUGCCAAGUUGUUUCACUAAGUUUCUCAGCAGGAGUGGGAUACACAACGGCAGCUGUUCUGCUGCCACUUAACUUACCUAUCCAUGCAGAGUCCGGCGAGAGUCACAAAUGAUAUGUGUGCAAGUUUGUGUGUAUUCCUCCCCUCCCACCCACCGCCCAAAUUAAAAUGUCCAUUGAGUCCAUCCAGCAUGCUAAAUUAAUUAGCUGGAUUUCUAUUAGAAAGACUACAAAACAGGCACAAUAUAGACACUCCCUAUUGUCCGUUCUCUAGCACCUAAUAAAUAAAUGUAUAACU